AUGUGGUAUCCCCCUCCUCCUUCACCUUAUCCUCCACCGUCGACAUUAGAUCUCCUCCCUACUGUCUCGCCGGUUUAUGUGGUAUUGAUCAUUGGUAUGGUGGGGUUUAUGUUGGCUAAUUUCGCACCGAGUAUGGUGACGGAUGGUAAUAAGAUUGGAAACAUAGCACCCAUGGUAAUCCAAUGGGGGUUCACUAUCAUUCUCCUUACUCUUGCCGGGACGAUGUUGGGAUUGAUACCUGGUGUUCCACGAUUACAUGUCACCUACGUUCAUUUGGCUGUGGCUUUCUUCCUCUUCGUAUUCGUUUGGAACCACAUCGUCGCCAAUCAACCACCAAACGAAACGGAAGAAGAAGCGAAAGCCAAAGCUGACAAAGAGAAAGAACGUGAGAAACAGAAAGAAGAAGCUGAAGCCAAAGCCAAAGCUCAAGCUAAAGAAAAAGAAAAAGCAAAGAAAAAAGAAGAAAAAGAAGCUGCGAAAGAUGAAUCACCAUGGGAUGAUUUACGUUCUCAUCCAAGUGCUUUCCUCACUACUAAAUUCAAUAGAGCAUUACCUUGGCCUUUUCCACUUGGUAGAGCAGCGGAUAGAGGGACUGAAUUAUGGUGGGAAAGUGGUACGCCAGCACAUUUGGGUCAUUUCAAUAAACCUGAAAUUGAUACUGGUCCGACUGAAGAGCAAAAGAAGAAAGAAGAAAAGGCUAAAGCUCAAGAUGCCGCACCUGCUCAGGAAGAAGAUAAGGAUAAGAAGGAUAAAUCUAAAGAAGGGGAGAAAGAUAAAGGGAAAGAAUCGAAAGAUCCGGACAAGGAGAAAUCUAAAGGUGAUGAGAAGGAUAAAACGAAAGGAGAUGAGAAGGAUAAAUCAAAAGAAAAGGAUAAACCAACGUUGGAAGAUAAACAGAAAGCAGAGGAAAAAGCAAAAGCGGAAGCUAAAGCCAAAGCUGCUGCAGCAGAGAAAGAAGCGGCUAUGAAGGCGAAAGUUAAAGAAGAAGAAGAGAGACGAUCGAAAGCUGCGGCUGUUGCUGCAGCCGAAGCAGCAAAGAAGAAGGCAAUUGAGGAUAAACAAAAACAGAAAUUAUGGAGGACCAAAUAUCUAGCAAUGAUCAUAGGAAUAAGCUUUUUGAACAAGAAAUUCGGAUUUCUACUCCUCGUUCUCUUCUGUGUACAGAUGGUAGCUCAAGAAGUCAACGUCCCUGAUCCUGUUCAACAAGAAGCACAACGAACGUCAAAUCCUUCUUCCCUUCCAUCGAGUUCUUCUUCGUCUUCCUCCGCACCUUCACCAUCAUCCUCAUCUAAACCAUCAUCUUCUUCUUCCUCUUCUUCACAACCAUCUUCCUCUUCUUCCAAACCUAGUGGAGGGUCCGAUGACGCCGCAAGAGCAGCGGAGAAAGAGAAAUUGGAAAAGAUGAAAGCUAUGAAAGAAGCAGAAAAGGCUAAAGCGGAAAAACAGAGUUCGAGCUCGGGUCAAAAAUCAUCAAGCUCUGAGAAACCUUCAUCUUCGGGGGGGAAACCUUCCUCUUCAUCAUCUUCAUCAUCUCCAAAAGACAAGUCAAGCUCUGAAAAACCUUCCUCUUCUUCAUCUUCAUCAUCCAAAGAGAAAGAAUCAAGCUCUAAAUCAUCCUCCUCUUCGUCGGACAAACCUAUCAGUUCAGCAGCAGUACGAGAAGCGGCAGGAAGCAAAACUGUCACUCAUAGCACUUCCGAAACAGGAUAUCCCACUGUGGGCAUGGGAAUGCAUUAUAUCUUCACCCCUGUCAAAGGUGAUUUAGGUCAAGCUCAUAUGAUACCUAGUGAAGGGAUGGCUCAUCCACUUUUGACUAGUUUGAGUAGGGUGCGAGUACAAUAUGCUGAUGAGAAUGCCUCCAGAAGAGCUAGCAUCAAAAGAGUCAAGAGGGAGAAACUUGAUGGUGCAGCCGUACAACGUACCCCAGCUGAAACUCCUUCAAUCCAUGAAGAAGAGGAAGAUGACUUGGUCGAUGAUUCAAGUAGUUCUGCAAGUGAAAAUGAACCCAUUCCGGAAUAUGGUGAAACAGAACUUAUCGAUGCUCUCGAAAGUGUUCGUGCAAAACAAGGGAAAUAUGUCGGACAAACUUCCGAAGCGGGGGUUAUCAAACAAAUCGUUGUGGUCGACUUUAUGUGUCAUCGUCACUUAUCCAUGAAACUUGGACCUAAGAUGAAUUUCAUCGUGGGACAUAAUGGAAGUGGGAAAUCGGCAGUCUUGACUGCUAUAGCUGUCGCUUUAGGUGGAAAAGCCGCCAUUACAGGUAGAGGUCAAGGAUUGAGAGAUUUGAUAAGAAAAGGUGCAGAUAAAGCCACAAUCACUGUCACCUUGGCCAACGAAGGUAUCGAGGCUUAUAAACCUGAAAUUUACAAUCCUACCAUCGUCAUCGAGAGAACCAUCGAUGUCAGAGGCUCUGGACAGUACAAAUUCAAAUCUACCAAAGAUGGCAAAGUUAUCGCUAAAGGACGAGAUGAGUUAUCGGCCAUACUUGCCAAUUUCAAUAUCACCGUCGACUCUCCUCUUACCAUCUUGACACAGGACCAAGCUAGGAGUUUUCUACAAAAUGCCACCGAACAUAGUCUGUAUCAGUAUGGUCAAUUGGAAUCAACCAUAAAUGGGAUUAUGAACCUCAUCAUCCGACAUCGAGAAGCGCUUCCUGACCUGGAGGCGAAACAUCAAGUCUUGGUCAGGAAAGCUCAAGCAUCUCGCAAGAUCGUAGAGCUCAAGGAUAAAGAGGCAACCCUCAAAAGGCAGUUGGCUUGGGCGUAUGUAGCUGAGAAGGAGCGGCAUCUUGCCGAAGCCAAAGAUGAUCUCGUCACAGCACAGAAAAGAGUCGACGAAGCGGGAAAACAGAUUGAGGAGAAAUCGGCGGAACAUGAAGAAACAGACCAUCAAGUCGAAGCUCUCGUUGCUGCUCAAAAAGAUUUUGAAAAGGGUAGACAAAGUGCCGUGGAAGCGCGGGCAACCGCACAGAGAAAGCUAAAUGAAGCGAGCAGGCAUAUAGCUGGAGAAGACGAAUCGAUCAAAGAGACUGAAGCCAGUUUGGCGGAAUCUAACAAAGAGAAGAAAGACCUCGAAGCUCGUAUUCACGCUCGACAAACUCAAGCCAACGGCGUCGACCCAGAGGACGCUGCGUUGCGAAGUCGUAUCGAGAAAUUGGAAGCAUUACGAUCGAAACUCUCACGUGAAGACGUAGUCCGUAGACAGAACGUCGAGACCAAGGGCGCUGCCCUUCGGCUUGCUCAAGAUGAUGUUAUAGAUCUCGAUUUCGAAUUCACAGAGAAAGAGAAAGUACGGAAUGAACAGACGAGAACCCUACAAUCUCUCCAAAGUCAAUCCCGCGAUAGUCUCGCUGCUUAUGGGGUUCAUGUCGAUAUGGUUUUGGACGAGAUCAAAAAAGCCAAAUGGGUACAUUCCCCGCCGGUAGGACCCCUGGGACAGUAUGUCAAGUUGAACGAUCCGGCGUACGGCAGGGCGUUCUGUUCAAUCAUGGGAACUACGUUGUGCGGUUUCGCCGUAUCUCAUCCUCGUGAUAAAGACACGUUGAACCAGAUCCUCCGACGUUGUGGACCCAAAGGGUACAAGCCUUAUGGGGGUGCAGCUCCUGUUAUUCAACAUUCGGGAGAUAUGUUCGACUUCUCUCAAGGUGAUCUGAGACGUCUCAACGACACAGUCCUCAGUAAACUGACGAUCACGAACGAAGCUGUAUUACGCAUUCUCAUCGUUCAACAUAAUAUCGAGAAAGUCUUUGUCGUACCAUCUGUUCAAGAUUUCAAAGACACCAUCCCUCGACUAUUGAAUUCUAUACCAUCGUGUACCGUCAUCUCUGCUGAUUCGUUCCGAGGCACCGGUCGUAGGACUUCCGGACAACCAUCGCUCGGUUCCGGUCCCCUCGGCAAGUGGCCCGGUUUGGACUUGUUCUCCAGAGAUAUGGCUUCCGAAAUUGCGCGAUGUGAAAGAGAAUUGCAGGUCUUGACGGACGAUCGUACUAAACUCUUGGACAAACGUAGAGACCUAACCAAUCAUGUUAGAAAUCUCGAAUCUGAGAUUGCCAAUGAAAGGCGUGCGUGGGAUAAAGCCAGGCAGGGUCUGGUCAGCUCUGCACUUGAGAUUGAGAAAGCUCAAGAUAAAUUGGCCGAAAAGUCCUCAACAGAUUUCGGUGGUGAUCAAUUACUUCUUGAUGAAAUCCGACAGAGGAUUGAGGUUGAGGAACGUCAACUCGAAGCUAUGCUCGGUCAGAAACGUCAAUUAGAAGAGAAACUCACCGAAUUGAAAGAACAAUUCGAGCAAGCGGACGAAGCGUUGGAACAAUUUAUCCCAGAACAACAACGUCGACAGAACGCGGUUCAGACGAUGUUAGAAAAACGAGCCCAGUUGGCCGCUCAUAUUGCCUCUCUCAAACAUAAAAGAGAGACAGAUUACUCUGUAAAGUUGAAAGUCGUUCAAGAAAGACUUGAGAGGAAUCAAUAUGAUCUCGAGAAUAUGACAGCCCAAGCGACUGGAUUUUGUCCUACGAGAAUGGACAGUGAUAAACCACCUGCGGAAAUAAGGAGGCAGACGGAUGCAAUCAGCGCCGCUAUCAAAGAAGCUGAGAAACGGAAUGGGGCAGAUACGGAAAACAUCAUGGCUGCUCUCAAUGCUUCUGAAAAGAAAUUAGCGGAGAUACGGUUACAGAUCAAACAUAAUACUCUUCUUAGAAAGGAAUUACACGCUUCUUUGAAAGAUAGGAAAAAGUGGUGGAAUGAUAUACGAGCUUAUUCGGCUAUACGUGCUAAAGGUAUAUUCUUACUUAAUCUCAGUAGGAGAGAUUUGGAAGGAAGAUUAGAUUUUGAUCAUGCCAAGGAGACGCUUGAUUUGGAGUCAGAAUUCCUUGUGUCACUCGCAGAGGGAACGACGCCAAUGGGCCGAGAAGAAAAACAACCUGAUAAUCAGAUCGCCUCUAGUGGAGCUCAAGAAGCCGGUCAAACUGGACCUUCACAACGUCAAUGGAAGAAAGCCAAAGCUCUUUCAGGAGGUGAACGUUCCUUGACCACGGUAUCGUUGUUGUUAGCUUUCUGGGAAAUGGCUGCUAGUCCGUUGAGAUGUCUGGAUGAGUGGGAUGUUUUCUUGGAUCAUAUCAAUCGAGGUGCGGCAGCGAAGAAUUUGAUUGACGGUGCCAAAGAAUCAGACGGAAAGCAAUAUAUACUCAUCACGCCUCAGGACAUGGCAGGUAUCAGUCUUGGUGACCCUACGAAUAAAAUCAUCAAGAUGGGUGAUCCUGCUAGAAAUCAAGCUCUUCUCAAUUUCGCCCCUGUUUAA